CACUCAUGCACAGGGUUGAGGAGGUCCAGCAUGUGUCUAUGGCGGUCAGAGCAGACGUCACACUGGAAGCACAGCUGCAAACAGAGCGAGAGGCUCUGGACAGGAAGGAGAAAGAGAUCGUGAAUCUGGAGGAGCAGCUGGAGCAGUUUCGUGAGGAGCUGGAGAACAAGAGCGAGGAGGUGAAUCAGCUCCACAUGCAGCUGGAGAUCCAGAGGAAGGAGAUCAGCGUCCAUCAGCAGGACCUGCAGGAUCAGGCCCGGCUCGCUCAGGCGCUGGAGGAGAAGGACGAGGUUCUGCGAGGCGCUUGAGGCGCAGUUGGACGUGUCUGCG